AUGUACAUGCGGGUACAUCGGCUGCGGCUGUUGUGGGGCGAAGUCCUUGGACUCGAACGAGUUGAACGAAAUGGCUGCCCCCGCACACUGCUGUCAGUGAUAACCCAUCUUUCCGAUGAUCGUCUCCAUCAGCUGGAAGGGUUGUGCCUCGCCCUCACGGACGGCGACGACAGGACCGUCAAGAGUAACUCCGCCGCAUCGGCAGUGUCCACCAUAUGUGUAGCCGUCUUUGUUCAGGACAAAACCGCAUCUACUCGGGUUCGCCAUGCGAUUCAUGCCCUCCCUGGGUUGGACCAGCUGAUCGUACGCGUGCAGUGCUUUACUCGUGGAAGCCCGUCGAAGGCAUCCUGGUACCCCAUCAACCAACUGAGGAACCGAGCUCUGGCCCAGGCGGGCACCGACCUUGUGUUGAUUUGUGAUGUGGACUUUCGCCCAUGCCGGCGCCUUACUCGCCUGCUUCGUGCAUCUGGGGAGAUUGGAUCUAUUUUUAAGCGCGUAUCCUGCCGACUGAAUUGCGUCGUGUUGCCAGCUUUUGAGGUGUCCGCCGCCCGCGACGACGACGACGAUGGUGUUAGUAAUGAAGAUGUUGCACAAACAGCAGCCACUGAAAUGCCCGAGAAGUCGUGGUGGUUGAAGACUUUAGCCUGUAAGCAGGAAUUGCUAAAACAGUGGGAACAAGGACGCGUGGCUCCGUUCGCAAGCCGAGUGUGGGCUCAAGGACAUCGAGCCACGAACUUCGACAGGUGGAAGGCAGCCACCGAUUUGUCCGGUUGGUACGAGGUCGCCUAUGAGGAAGGCUUCGAGCCGUUCGUUAUUAUGAAUCGGGUGCUUGUUCCUGCGUUUGACGAACGAUUUGAGGGCUACGGAAGGAACAAGGUUAUCUUCUUCUAUCGACUCAACAGCCUUGGUUUUUCGUUCACAGUGGAGCAUGGUCUGUUCCUCGUGCAUGCCCCCCAUGAGCGUUCAGAGUCGUGGCGCAGAACGUUCGAUCGUGAAGCUGUUGCUGAACUCUCAUUGCCCGCCAAGGGGCAUCACUCCGAGCGUUUUGCCGCUAUUCUCGAGCAGUACAAAGUGGCGAAGGAGGAGAUCAACGCGGAAGCUUUGCAGAGAAGACACCCCCCGCGAGGUGGCAGCACCAAGAGAAGGUUUUCUUUGGGGUUGAAAAAGAGCCAGUUGGGGCGUUGGCCCGCGGGGGCAGGGCCAAAGCUCGGCAAGUGCAGUGUUGGGGUGACAAGAACGGCCUGCACAGACGCCCUCCGAGACGCCAUGCGUCACGCUCUUUGGGCCAGCGUGCACGCGCUUUGGUACGAGUACCAUCCAAAGAGAAUCGACGUUGUCGCAAGGCUUGAGAGCCGUCACCGCCGCGUUGAAUCCGACAUCACCAUCUUUACACAGUGCUCGCUCUCCCGGCUGAAACGCCUCGAGCGAAUGUGCGAUCUCUGGACAGGCGUGGUUUCGGCGGCCAUAAUCAAUGGUGGAGGGGGCCAUGUGGAUCAACACAUGCGACGGAAGGUGUCGGCCCUUCAUCGUAGGGUAGAGUCCACGGGGAAAUGCCGCCUGGACAUAAGCCUGUGCCAGCCCGCCCCUAGUCUGGCUGCGAGAGAUGGUCUCUACCCCGUAAAUUCGCUCCGAAACGCCGCCCUCCGCGCAUCAAGAACCGACUUGGUCUUGUCAUUGGUGAGCUACACUGAUGAUCACAUUCGCGGUACCAUGCAAAACCUUACUUUCAACGGUACGACUCUGAUUUUGUUGAAAAGCUCCUGGACCCUCGUUUUGUGCAUCAAAUGUCAGGACGUCGACGCCAUGCCCAUGCGGGGUCUCCACGAGGUCGUCAGCCGUCCCCCGGUGUACGCGCGACUCCUUGAAAUAUGCCGAGAAGGAAGGUCUCCCACUCACGCAGCCCCUGCAUUCCCCGCGGCCUCUUGUUCAGGGGCUGACACAGAGGCGACGACCCUGGACGCGCGUCCACCAACGUUUUUGGUUGUCCCUGCGCUAGAAUUCGUGGGCGCAAGCUCGCCGGACGACCCGCGCAUCCGCGCUCUUCUGCAGGAAGCCGGCAACAAGCGGAAGGCCGCUGACCUCGUCAUGGCAGGGGACCUGCAGGCCUUCCAUGCUGCGUGUUUCCCCGAGGGCCACCGACAGACCAAUCUCGAUCGGUGGACAACACUCCCAGUAGAUGCGACUCCGUACGAGGUGAAGUACGCAGAAGGCUACGAGCCAUACGGCUUCUUUUUCCGCCCCCACGCCCCGCCGUUUGACGAGAGGUUUCGAGGGUUUGGACUGGACAAGGUGUCCCACUGCUGGCACCUUCACCGCCUCGGGUGGACGUUCCGCGCGCUGCCGGCGGCGUACCUCAUCGACCUGCCGCACCCUCCGACCGAGCACAGAAGGGCCCACCGUACCGCGCCCAACCUUCGGGCCUCCGUGGACGGACUGUUCCAGCGUUUCUCCACCGAGGUCGACCGUUCCCUCGCCGCCAGUUCGUCCUUGCUCUCUCCAUCUGCCCGCGCCCACACCGCAAACGUUUGGGGAGCUACGUACUACCAAGAGACUCAGCUUGAGGGCAUCCAGGGUCGAGACUACGAGGUGUUGGAGGGGCUCUCUCUCUUGGCGUGGGGUGACGCUUGGGCAGCCGGUCGAGCCUACCAAGGCGACGGCGGCUGCAGCAGCAGCCUCCGGGUCACUUGCGGGGGAGGCUGGAAGCUCAAGGGGAGCAUGGGCGCUUGGGAAGGACUGCGGGCCUAUGAUGCGCGCAGCAAAGACGGUGACGAACCGACAGCCGAACCGGGUUCACGUGGCGCUGUCCUCGGCAAUCGUAAUCGUGUCGCCAUUCCGCCACGAAUGGUCGGUGGCUGGGUACACGUUUGCAUCGAGGGGCAACAGCAAGGAGAUGGGGGGGCUGGAGUUGACGGUGGCUCGUCUGGGCUGCAUGGACGAUCUGUCAUCCGACCCCGUCCCCUGCAUGGGGUGGUGCGGUACUGGGUUCACCCACGGUGGGACCCAAAGAAGAGCCCGCGAGGGAAGCUUCCCGGGCUGGGAAUGUCGGGGGACGUGCGAUUUUUCGUGCGCUGGCGCGAAGGGUCCAUCGGUUUCUGCUCGCUGAUGGUGCUGGGGCGGCCAUUGAAAGAGGUCUGCGAGGUGCACGUGAUUCACCAACUCCCGUUCUCAAUAGAGAACGGCAGAACGACCGCGAUACAGCUCGAGGCGGACAUGCGGCGUACACCGGGCAACGGGGGCGCGCUCUCGUUCCGAGCGUGGGCAAACGGGAGCGUGGUCUACGAGGCUCGUGUUUACGCCGGCGACAUGGCCGUUUCGGGUGGUAACGAGAAGGGGAUGUGGGUCGAGGACGUCUUGCUUCAUGUUCUCGCCGCCUCUGUUGGUGACGGUGGGGACAAACGAGAGGGGGAGAGAGGAGGGGCCGCCGAUGAAGAGCAUGUGCUCAUCGGCGGCGUUGAAGUCUGGGGGAAGCACCCCACUCGCAAAGCAGAAGAGGGGGUGUUGGAACCAAACACUACCCUUCUUGCUGCUCAAGGCAGAAAAUACACCAGAGAGGAGCUCGUUGUUCAAGACGAUGCCAUGGCGAGGUCUACAAUGGCGGGAAACCUGCGCUUUGUGUUUGUGGCAAGUACGGGAAGGUGUGGGACACAUUACCUGUCUGAAUUGUUGGGAACAUCUCCGGGUGUCGAAGCUUUUCACGAGGCUUCUCCUGAGCUCAGCGGGCGGCAUAACCUUCUGGCGGCGGCAACCGAUCCAGAAAAGAGCUACGAGGAACGCCGCCACAAAGCCGAGGAAAUCUUGCGAUCGGCACGGCAGCACCUGUCGGACAGCGGCGUCGGAACGCUGACGUACGUCGAGACGUCACACCUGUUCCUGAAGACGUUUUCGGAUGUCGUUAUGUUGCCGCCGGGCGUGCUUCUGAUCUCUCACCUUUCUACUGCGAAUCUUUUUUUUUUUUGUAAUCAGCGCGAGCUAGCGCCGCACUUUCGGGUGGAUGUCGUGGUGCUCCGUCGCGAUCCGGCGGCGGUGUUGAAGAGCCGUAUCGAACUAGGCCAUUUCUGCCGCCGGCACAAGCGGAGCGACUGGCUCCUCCUUCCCGCCCACAACGAAUCAAGAGCUUCUACCGCUGCUGCUACCGCUACUAGCGCUCACAACCGUUGCCGGCAGCAUGCGGACGCGCCGUGUGGUGGGGGUGAGAACCGUCGUCUUUCGCCCGUCCAGGAGGUUGACAUGGACGGGUUCGAGGCACUGAUUGCGUAUGCCGCAAACACGGAGACCCAGAUACGGCAGUUGUUCGAGGGUGGUUAA